GAGAGAGCCAGUCGUGGUUUGACCGUCAUAGUGGGUGGUUGUGAGCCUUUCUCUCUCUCCCUCUCUCCCCCUCCAACUCUCCGCCACCUCUCCCUCCACCGCCCAUCCCCACAUUUCCAAGUUGCGUUCGUUCGUGUGUUCGUUCGAGGCCAACAAAGAGAGGUGGAGACUGUGGCGGGCUGUGUGAUGAUACCUGCCUGCCCUGAUUAAAGGUUGUUCCAGUACUCAAGACGAAGCAGAAUAAGUAAAUAAAUAAAGAAAAAAAGAAAGAAAAGAAAGAAAGAAAGAAAGAAGGAAGGAAUGAUGGAUGACGUUUUGAACCCUGAACGGAAGAACAACAAAGUGUGAACGAAAGAAAGAGAGAACAGAACGUGGACGAAAGGAAGGAAUAAGGAAGAAAAAGGAAAGAAAAAUAAGAACGAGAGAAAGAAAGAAAGAGACGAAGCAAAGGAGGCGGAGGAAAGGAAAAGAAAAAAAAGGAAAAAAAAAUAGAGAAAAAAAGAAAUAUAAAGAAAAAAGUUAAUGAAGUAAAAAAAGAAAAGAAAAUAUGAAUAAAAAGUAUCUGAUAAAAAGGAAGAAAGGAAAGUAACAGAAGAGAAGGAGAACUACUACUACUACUACUACUACUACUACUACUACUGCUACUACUACUACUACUACUACUACGUCAAGAUGUAUGGAAUGUUAUUGAAAUCCGUGAUGUUCUUCGGGCAGGCUGAGUACGGUAACUACAUCUGGGAGCUGAUCAAGGAGGAGGCGGGCUGCCGCGGCAUCGAGUUCAACAUGCACCAGACCUACUCCGACAACCUCUUCCGAAGCCUCGCCACCGCCUGCGCAAAGGUCACCAAGCAGGGCGAGGAGAACGACUACCUCAGGUUCUUCGGGAGGUGCUUCGUGCGGUACUGUCAACACUACCGCUACGAUAAGAUGCUGAAGGUGACGGGGAGAACGUUCUGCCAGCUGCUGAAGGAGAUGGACAACUUGCACUCACAGAUGAGAUUCGGGUUCCCGAAGAUGAAGUCCCCGUCCAUGGUGGUGACGGAGUAUGACAUCGGCGGGGCGGUGCUGCAGUACAGGUCCUGCCGCCCGGGCCUGUCGCACUACCUCAUUGGCCAGCUCCUCCAGAUCGCCAAGGACUUCUAUCGCCUCGUCCUGAGCGUGGAGGUGCUGACGGAGGUAACGGAGGACAUCUACUACUGCACCACCUUCAGGCUUGACUUUAACAACCACGUCUAUGUGAAGGAGAUGGAGGAGCGCAGAGCGAGUUUCAACAGACCUUUGCUGCCUAACUUCUCCCUCGGCAAGCUGUUCAUGCUGUUCCCCUUCGGCCUCGUGCUGGACCAGGCGCUGAAGGUCCGCCUGGCCGGGGAGCAGAUCCUUCAGCUGAUGGGCAAGGACAUGCUGGGCAGCGAGUUCCUGCAGUACUUCACGGUGCAGCGCCCGCACGUCACCUUUUCCUGGGAGGUGAUCUUGCUGUUCCAAAAUGUAACGUGGGAGGUGGAAUCCAAGAAGCUCCCUGAACUCAGCACCCGCACCAACAGCCUCGACACCAUGCAGAAUAUGCCGCCCCCCCGCCGCGGGUCGAGCCAGGCGCCUUGGUCGGGACAGCAAUCCUCGCUACACAACUGCCGCGGCCUGCUGCUCAAGGGACAGAUGUACAUAAUGAAGGAGCCGAACCUGGCGCUGUUCCUGUGCAUGCCGCUCCUCAACAACCUGGUGGAGAUGCGGGAGACCGGCCUCUACCUCAACGACCUCAGCAUGCACGACCAAAGCAGGGAGAUGGUGAUGCGGGGCUGGGAACACUGCUCCAGACUCCAGAACAUGUACACGAAGGCGGAGCAGGACGCGGCAAGGCUGGAGGAGGCUCACAGGAUGCACGAGGAGGCCAAAGCCAGAGGGGACGACUUGCUCUACUCCAUGCUGCCGAGGGAACUGGCCGACAAGCUGCGCCAGGGGACGGACGCCUCGGACACGUGCCAGAACUUGGAGGAGGUGACGGUACUGUUUGCGGAGCUGUCGCUGGCCCCCGAAAGCGAGACCCUCGGCGCCAUGGACCUGAUGCGGACCGUCAACGAGAUGUACGAGAUGAUGGACCGGAUCACUGAGCACUACCGGGUGUUCAAGGUUGAGACAGUGGGCGGCGUGUACAUGGUGGUCGGGGGCGCGCCGCAGUACAGGGAGGACCACUGCAGCCAGGUGGCCCAGCUCGCCCUGCACAUGCUGAGGGAGGUGUGUGACAGGGCCUCCCACAGCCUCAGGAUAGGCAUGCACGUGGGCCCAGUGGCGGCGGGCGUGGUGGGCCUCAAACUGCCUCGCUACUGCCUCUUCGGCGACACGGUGAACACGGCCUCCAGGAUGCAGACCAACGGAAAGGUCGGCAAAAUCCACGUCAGCGAAAAGUGCGCCGAGAUAUUACAGAAGUUCGGGUUCAAGGUGUCGUUCAGGGAGAAACUGCAGAUAAAGGGCAAAGGCGAGAUGAACACCUACUGGCUGGAGGGUGAGGGAACCGCGGCGCCGGAGAACAAGUCUGAUACCUGGUGAACACACACACACACACACACACACACACACACACACACACUUUAUUACACUUUAUUAAAUGAACUUGUUUGUGUGUAAAAAAAAAGUUAGGGAAUUGGUUGUUUGAUAAGAGAAAUAAAGUGAGGGAACACACACACACACACACACACACACACACACACACGGAAGAAGAAUGCGGGAAUUAAUAUUUUUGUGUAUAAUAUUGUCCGUCCAUGUACGUAUAGCCGUGUCUAUGUGUGUGUGUGUGUGUGUGCGCACCAAAGAGGAACACACGUACACACACACACACGCAUACACUUUGUAGUUCAUGUAUAGCGAAUUCGUAGAGAAGAGUAUUAUGUAUAUUGUUAUGUGUGUAUGUGUGUGUGUGUGUGUGUGUGUGUGUGUGUGUUAGAAAAUAUAUAUAAAAAAACAGUAUAUAAGAUUAUAUGAUUGAAAUUCCACCUAGAUCUGUAUGUCUGUCUGCCUGUAUGUAUGUAUGUAUGUAUGUAUGUAUGUAUGUAUAAGCCUACAUAAAUGUACACAAUAUGUAUUUUUUUACGUCGCCAGAAAAUGCCUGUAACCUACACAGCUAUGUAUAUGUACACACACACACACACACACACACGUCCAUCCUGGGUGCACUUAUAGACUAUCACUGGACGGACGAGAAAACGAGACGGCCUGGAAUAUUGGCGAAUCUGGACGACGGCGCUGCCGUGCUAACGAUGACGGACUGCGGGAGCUUACAACGGUACGUGCUGAGGAACGGACCGAGGACUGGCUGGGUGUGUGUGUAUGUGCAGCAUAAUUUGGCGGUGAGUGACGGCGGGGAGGAGACGUGAUAAAGGAACCACGAGGAAAUCAUUGAAGAAUGGGUUGUUGUGUUGGCAAUGGCUGCAGCCUUGAGAAGUGUUGAGCUGCUGUGAGGGAGAAGGAAGGAGAGCAUAAAGACAUAACUCGACAAAGAGGAAAGUGUUGGGAAGAAAAAACUAAUAUGACAGUUGUGAUAAGAUCACUGAUGGACGUGAUACUUUUAAUAAUCGUUAAAUAAACAAGUAGGAAAGCAUAUAAAAGGAACAGUGUGAUCAUGUGAUGGCGACACGAAAAUAUUAAAAAAAAAUAUUUUAGAUUUGUCAAAUGCUUAGCUGGGGAAGAGAACACUGAGAAAAUGAUCAUUGCUGAAUGUCAUUUAUUUUUGUUACGUUUCCGCCUAUGGCGCCGGUAGGCUAUCUUGGUGGAGCCUAAUGGUCGGCCCAAGCCGUUGCAAGUGUUUAUAGUGGCGCCAUCUUGCUUGGCUCAUGCUGCCCCCAGGAAGCUCGUCUUUGAUCCUCCCUUUAGAGAGAGAGACUGGAGUCCGGGUUGACAGGUGGUCUUCAGGACAGCAUGUGGGCAGUCUUGGGUCACUCGGCGGUGACUAAAAAAUCCCAGCUGUGGCGGCGGGCAGGGCGAGAACCCGCGUCCUCCUGGACGCGCCGCUGGCCCGCAAACCAUUCAGCCACCGCCUCCCCAAAUAUGAUGUUAUUUGGUAAAAAAAAAAGGGUCAAGUACCGAGAACAGUGAUGACGAUGUAAUGAAGGACGUGACGUGACGUGACGUGCUGUGAUGAGAUCAGGAAAUAUUGAAGUUAAGCGCUAGGAAAGAGCGCGGGGACAGCGACACUGAUGUAGGGGAGGGAAUCACAAAGAAGGUAUUAAAGCCAUGAAACACC